AUGAGCAAGAAGCCUUUAUCCACCAUCGAGCACCUUGAGCACGCUCCAUCCGACCGCGAGGUGGACGAGAAGGGGUCUCUCGCCGAAGUGACGGUUGCGGCGCUCGAGGGUGAAGGUCUUGUUAAAUCGCGCUUCGACCAGCUCACGAUCCGAGAGGCCCUUUGGGUGUUUCGCCGCUCGCUAGUUGUCUGCUUCUUCGUCUUUACUGGACGUAUGCUUGAAUACUUCGAGAUCGUCAUGAGCGGUGCAAUCCUCGCCAACCCAGGCUUCAUCAAGCAAUUCGGUGACCCAAACCGUGCCGGCAAGAUUGCUGGCGUGGGCGCCCUUGAUCCCAACUGGGUGUCAGCUUGGUCUGUCAUUCUGAGCGGUGGUCAGAUCUUUGUCUUCCUCUGGAUCUCAUUCUUCACGGACCGUUUCGGGCGCAAGCCGGCACUCCUGCUCGCGUGGCUUUUUAUCGCGCUCGCAAUGCUGUGUCUCACUCUCGCGCGCACACCCGAGGUGUGGCUCGUCGGACGCCUUUUCACCGGAAUGGGCACGGGCAUUGUCGCCGUCGUUGCCGGUCCAUACGGCAUGGAGGUGUGUGCAACACGCAUUCGCGGCAUCGUCCUCUCCGCCGCCAUCUUAUGGGGCGCUCUCGCCACUCUCGCCGCCUCCCUUAUGAUGAACUUCCUCACCCUGCGCUUCAUGGUCUUCUGCUUCCUGGUGGUGCCUGAGUCGCCGUGGUUCCACGCUCGACGUGGCAACAAGGACAAGGCGAUGAAGAGUCUCCAGCGCCUAUAUGGCAACAUCCCUGAUUACGACUUUGACGAAGAGUAUGGAAUCAUCGUCAAGACUAUCGAGCACGAGCGCGAGACGAUCCGACGGAACAAAGCGAGCGCCUGGACCGACCUCUUCAAGGGCACCAACGGUAAACGUACCUUUGCGGCCAUUGUCAUCGCCGCGUCUCUCCAGCUCGGCGGUUACCCCAUCCUCUACACCUACUCUACGUACACAUAUGCGCUGGUGGGCAUCAAGAAUCCGUUCCAGACCAACGUCAUCACUGCCUCUGUGCAGUGCGCGACAGUUAUCCUCAUGAUGGUCACGUUUGACAAGUUUGGUCGCCGCCCGUUCGUCACAUGGGCAUACUCGUUCCAGGCGGUCUCCAUGCUCUUGUUGGGGCUCCUCUCUUUCAUUCCGUUGACGUCCGCAAGCCGAGUUCCCGUCAUCACGUUUAAUGCUUGUUUCUGGGCGUUUUGCGCCACGAUCUCGGGUAAUAGUCAGAUGAUCUACAUCACCGAGCUCCCCUCUGCCUAUCUCCGCCUCAAGACUGGCGUACUUUGUCAAACGCUCAACAGCGCCCUGGGCAUUGCAGCCAAUUUUGCGAGCCCGCCUAUGCUUCUCGCUCUUGGCCUCAAAUCAGGCUUUGUCUUCUUUGGCGUUGCUACCCCAAUCGCUGCCCUCCUUUGGGUGUACCUCCCUGAGACUAAAUGGCGCUCAGCAUCUGAGAUUGACGAGCUGUACGAGCGAAAGAUACCUGCGUGGCGCUGGGCGAAGACCCGUACCAAUGCGGAGGAGCAGGUCGAUCAGGCAAUCAAACAGCGCGAGGCCGAGGAUCUGUCCCAGGCAGCGGUGGUCGGCGAACGCCGACGCCAAAGCUUGGAGGAGUGA